CACUUCGCCAUGCCGUCCUCCGUUCCCGACUCCAGCUCCCGCCACCAGAGCAUGUUCAUCGGGACAAGCCCGGCCUCGACUGCAGGGCACCACGCAAGCGCAGUCACCCUUGGAGCAGGCAUCUUUGCACGCCGCAGGGACAGCCACAGCGAAGCGGGCGACGCAGACUUUGAUCCUGAACGAAGCUUGGGAAGGCUGGUAGACGAGCUGGGUAGAGUAAUGGGCAGCGAUAAACUUCCAAGCCGGCCUUCUUCUCCCUUUUCACCCACGAGGACGCCUACUCCCUUGGGAUCCAAUCCCCUUGACCUUUCUUUUACGCUUGCACGUUCUACACCGCUCCCAAGCCCUCCGCCUAGUGACGGGGAGCCUGAAAUCAACGAUACUCCCAAACCAAGACCACGACAUCCAAGCGGGAUUCCUGCACACACCUCGAAGAAUGAAAAGAGCGCAAGAGGAAAUAGACCACUUGGCGAGAGCAGGCACGGCAAUACGGCUACGAAGCCUGGUGCAACUGGAGCUUUCCAACCCACAACUGCUUCCAAAGACCGCCUCCGAUCUCUUCGAGCCGAACACUCCAAGCCGCGGUCGGUAAGCGCCCCUGUACGAGGCGACAGGACAUUGGGCGAUAUCACGGGCUUGAGCGAUUUGCUCAACACACCCGCUAAACCUGGAGAGUUUGGCUCGCUGGGAAAAGAUGAGAGUGUGGGAGGGAUUCCAGCAGCGGAUAUUCCGGCAACCUUGGAAAAGCUAAAUCAGCGGCUGAAAGCCCUUGACAUUGAAAACUCUACAUCUCGACGAAGGGUCCGCGAACUAGAAGAGGAGCUUGCUCGUGCAAAAAAAGAACUGGCCGAAACGUUGAACAAUGGGGAGAGGAACCUGGCAGAAAUCCAAAAGGAGAAAGCAGCUUUAGAAGAGCUGGUGACUUCCACUCGUAAACAUCUGUCUCGUCUGACACUCGAUUUGGAAAGUCAGAAAUCCCUUGUUGCAAAACUCAAAGCCACACCCGCUCCUCCGCCUACCCACUCGUCGUCCACUUCCGCCCACCUCUCUUCGCUCCGCUCCGAGAUUGAUAACCUUUCCAAACAGAUAUCUGCUCUUCAUUCUAUCGUCGAACAAGGUCUUGAAGCACGCAAGCGAGCGAGAGGAGAACCGACACUGCAGAUGGAAAGAGAGGAGAUGGAGAGGAUAGUAAGGCAGGUCGCCCGAGAGGCAACCCUUGAAUCAGACCGUCAUGUUGAGGACGGGCGCAAGGAUGGCAAGAGCCGACAGAAAGAAACGCAGCAGUCCCCCCGCCCUUCCAGGUUAAGCCAAGGUCUUCACGCUGCCGCGAGUAGUAUCGACAGCCUUCAACCGCCUACCCAACAAACGCCUUUUUCUUUCCCCAAACCGUACGACCCCUCGGAUAACCUUACGUACUCUCCCACACCCACGGCCAAGGCACACUCGCGUCAACCAUCAAGUGUCCUGUCCAAGCCAGAAUCUGAUCCUUCUUUCAGAAAGAAAACGGAUCAAAAAGACAGGAAACAUGCACAGGAGAAGAACGUAGAGCAAACCCCAGGAAAAAAUGGGUCCCAUAACAUCUUUGAAAAAGAUCUUGGACAGGAUUUUUUCAUUUUUGACGAAGGCAACGAAUAUCCCAAAGCCGAAAAGGAGGCUAAGCAACAGCAAGAAGAAACUAAGAAGGGAAAAAACAAACUUGAAAAGGUUCUCAAUGAACUCGAAAUUGACUUUACACAAUUGAAAUUAGUAUAUGCCGAUUUGGCCGACAGAUACAAGGAACUCGACCCUGCGUCCGAUGUGGUCCAACGACAUAAAGUUGCGAGCAGGUUGAAGGAGGUCAUAAAGGUUUUAGAGAAGAAAGCGGAUCAGAUUGAUGAUUUGAAGAGUCUUUUAUAAGGCUCAUGUCGAAAGUGAGAUCAUCAUCGUCACGUAGAAAACGAAGAGAAUCACUGCAAAGGGGGGUUGCUAUCGGCAAACAGCCUCAACCUACGACACAUUAUACAUUCAUUAAUAUGUAGUGUAGAUAAAUGGGCUUCGAAGCUUGUUGAUAUUAUAUGGUUUUCGGCCACAUGUGGCUGUUACUAAGUGUAAAGUGGUAAUAAUUAAUUAUUACUACAAGAUUACGCGUCUACUAUUACUACGUACCUUGCUAUCACUUAUUAAUUACUGCCUUCUUGAAGCGUGAUGCA